CACUGUACGCGAGGCUGCAUCUGGAACAAUAACGAAGCUGUGAGGAGCGAUUUUCCGCAGGCAUCAGCGGGAGCGCACGGGCGAAUGUCUGCUUUUGGUUUGCGCGCUGCUUGCUAAAACGUUUAAAUUAAGACGGCGAUCUGUCUGACGCAUGGAUGGAAGGACGCAGGUAGCAGGGCACCAGUAUAUCGGAUUCAGUUAAAGUAGUUUUCUAGAGGAGUGUCUUCCCGCUUCCCAGAGAUCAUGGCGGCCGGCACGCACUCCCCCGGGGGCCCCAACGGCAUCAUCCGGAGCCAGUCCUUCGCCGGCUUCAGCACCCUGCAGGAGAGGCGCUCACGGUGUAACUCGUUCAUGGGGAACUCGGCGGUGCAGAAGAAGCCGCAGUCGAAGCCGAAGAAGACGCACAUGGCCGGGCACAAGGCCAGCAGCAGCUCCCGCGAGCCCCAGCCCAAGCGGGUGGAGGAGGUGUACGCGGCCCUGAAACGAGGCCUGGAUGAGUAUCUGGAAGUGCACCAGGGGGAACUGGACAAACUCACCCUCCUGAUGAAGGACAUGAAGAGGAACUCCAGACUGGGCGUCCUGUACGAUCUUGACAAGCAAAUCAAAAGCAUCGAGAGAUACGUCCGCCGCCUGGAGUUCCACAUCAGUAAGGUGGACGAGCUGUACGAGGCCUUCUGCAUACAGAGGCGUCUGCGUGACGGAGCCUGUAAGAUGAAGCAGGCCUUCUCCUCCUCGCCCUCCACCAAAGGCACCCGGGAGAGCCUGGCCGAGGUCAACCGCCGCUGCAGGGAGUACAGUGAGAAUAUGUGCACGUUUGAGACUGAGCUGGAGAACCUGCUGGGAGAGUUCCACAUUAAGAUGAAAGGUCUGGCUGGUUUUGCACGGCUCUGUCCCGGGGAUCAGUAUGAAAUAUUCAUGCGCUACGGGCGCCAGCGCUGGAAACUGAAGGGGAAGAUCGAGGUGAACUCCAGGCAGAGCUGGGACGGAGAGGAGAUGGUGUUCAUGCCGCUCAUCACCGACCUCAUCUCCAUCAAGGUGACGGAGCUGAAGGGCCUGGCCACCCACAUGCUGGUGGGCAGCGUCAUCUGCGAGACCAAGGACCUGUUCACGGCCAUGCCACAGGUGGUCGCCGUGGACGUCAACGACCUGGGCACCAUCAAGCUCAACCUGGAGGUCACCUGGUUCCCGUUCGAUGUGGAGGACCUGACGCUGUCAUCGGGUAACCUGAGCAAGGCCACCGCCCUACAGAGACGGGUGUCUGUGUACAGCCAGGGCACGCCCGAGACGCCCACCUUCCAGGACACCUCCUUCUUUUCGGCCCUCCCUGACGACGUGUUCGAGAACGGCGGCCCUGAGUGCAAGCGGCUGUCUUACACCUUCAGCGAUUCGCCGCGGUCCAGCCCCGCCCCUGGCCAGUCCAACCCCGAGAUCACGGUCACGCCCCCGGAGAACGACCGGCAGCCUCGCAGGCCCCUGGAGGGCGGGGCCACGGAGGAGGGGGCGGAGCGGGCGAGCGUGAGCCUGGCCAGCGAGGCGGAGACAGAGGCGGAGUCAGAGUGGGAGCUGCCCGAGGCCCGGCAGAACGGCUCCCUCUCGCUGUGCUCGGACCAGCUCUCGGCAGUGGCGCCCGAGGACGUCUUCCUGGACCACGGCGUGUCGGACGGCCUGCUGCCGGACGAGGGCUCGGAGCUGAAGCCCGUGGAGCUGGACACGGACGAGGGCAGCCUCACCAAGCAGCUGGUGAAGAGGCUGACGUCGGCCGAUGUGCUGCCAGAGGAGCCCCAGGGCUGGGGGGCGGAGGGGGGCCGGGCCCUGCAGGACGGCAGCCUGGAGGAGGCCAUUCAGAGCCUGCUGCUCAGGCUGGAGGGCCUGGGAGAGAAGCCCCGCGAGCUGCAGGACCUGGAGCAGGAAGUGAUGCGUCUGGAGGACUUGCUGAAGUGCCGAGCGCCGGCCCACAGGAGCAGGUCCUCCAGUCUGAGUCUGACUGUUGAGAGCGCUCUAGAGAGCUUUGAUUUCCUCAACACCUCAGACUUUGACGAUGACGACACGGGCGAGGACGCCCUCCCCCGCUCCGUGUUCUUUGACAUGGAGGCGGAGAGGAUCGGUGCGGGACAGCACCCGGAGGCCAGGGGCCAUCUGAGUGAAGCCCUGACAGAGGACACCGGGGUGGGGAACAGCGUGGCCGGCAGCCCCCUGCCCCUCACCACGGGCAACGAGAGCCUGGACAUCGCCAUCGUCAUACACCUGCAAUACUGCAGCCAUCUCAUCCAGCUCCUGUCCACCGGGGGGAGCCCUUCACAACGCAAAGCCAGGCUGCACAAGGUGUCUGUUCAGACCCAGCUGCUGGAGGAGCUGGGUGAGAUCAGCACAGAGAGGCUGGGGAGCAUCAGCUCGGCUGCGGACGUGCUCCCUGGGCUGGCGGAGAAGCCCGCGCUGCUGUCUCUGUGGUCGUCCUGCAGUGGGUCCGGGAGCCUGUUCCACACCACCCUGGACAGACUGCUGAAGCACAUGGAUCGUACCUUUAGCGCCGCCCUGCAGGGGAGUUCGUCCCACAGCGCAGACUCAGUCAUUCGGCAGCUGGUGAGCGAGAUGACGGACAGGGGCGAGCUGGCCCCCUCGCCCUGCGCCUCGCCCUCCGCCCUGCCCCCGGACGCCCUGACCGUCUUCCAGUUCCACGGCUACGCCUCCGCGCACGCUGUGUCGGACAUGAAGGAGCACCUGCUGCAGGUGGCCCGAGAAGCUGUGUUUGUGGAGGGACUGUGCUCUGGUGACCCUGAGCGGGUGAUAAGGGAGCUGGAGGAGGUCCAGGCAGCCAAUCUGCAGCCUCAGCAGGAGACACUCAAGGCGCUGGCCGUGCUGCUGGUGGCCGAUGACCCCCAGCUCAGCAAGGCCUCAUCCACCUUCCUCACCUCCUCUGCCGCUCACCCUCCGUUCAGGUCAAAGGCGGUGGAGUUCUACACUCAGGGCCUAUCGGAAGCAGGAGCGGAGACACAGAGGGCAACCUGUGCCGCGAUCAGCUGCUUACAGGCCCACGAGAGCAUCGCAGCGUUGGUGUCACUGUGCGACUCCGCUGACGAGGAGCUCCACCAAGUUGCCAUAGAAACCCUGCUUACCCUGGGAGAGGAGGGGCGGCUGGCGUACGAGCAGCUCGACACAGUCCCCAGGGAGAUGGUACGACUCGGCACGCGGCGGGGGAACGCCGUCACCACUGCCUUCUGAGAGGGCCUGAAUUCACAGGGACCCCCCCAGUAACCCCCCUAAUCCCCCACUCCACUGACCUGAGCCUUGAGCCCUGCUCACAGUAGCUGAGACUGGACCAGGGGCCCCACAGGGGGCUCCAGGAGAGCCCCAGGGCUCCUUGCAUUCAUGGACUGGACUAAAUUUUUUGACCGUUCAUUCU